AUGGCGGUUGAUCAGAGUGCCCAAAUUGUCACACUGCCUGGACAUCAGGAAUCGUUCAAAGCAUUCAACGCUGCCUGCGCGGAGAAAGGCCUUUUGAACCGGCACGAGAGUUUGGAAAGUCGAGACAUAUGCGACGGAUUAUCUGAUCCGUCUACUCUUUUACGUUUUCUAACCGCACGCCGCUUCGAUCCCGAUGGGGCGGUGAAGCAGUUCCAGGAGGGACAGAAGUUUCGUGAAGACAAACACAUCAUCAGGCUUUACGAUCUGAUUGAAAUCGCUGAUUAUGAGCAAGCUCGUCAAAUUUAUCCCCAUUGGACGGGUCGCAGAGACAAAAAAGGACUGCCCAUUUUUUUCUACGAUGCUGAUUAUCUCAACCAAGAUGCGCUCUCUCGGUGGGAAAAGUCACGCGGCAAUGCCUCAUGGAGAUAUUCCCUGUCUGAACGGAAAGCGCCCAAGCCUGACAUGCUACAACUCGCCUCGGUGUAUUACGAUAGUGUGAUCCGAUUUAUUCAUCCACUUUGUUCAAUGAUGAAGGAUAGGGCAGAUCCAUCAUCUCCGGUUACCUCCUCCAUAUUUAUAGUGGACGCGUCAAACUUGGGAAUCAAACAAGGAUGGAGCGUGAGAACGUUCGCCCAGGAGAUUACUUGGUUAUUAUCGACCUGUUAUCCAGAAACCAUCGACAAGCUUUUUGUGUGCAAUGCCCCAUCGUAUUUCACGACGAUUUGGAAAUUUUUGAAAAGCCAUGUAGAUCCUGCUACGGCAGAGAAGCUCACAAUACUGCUUCGCUCGGAAGUCUUGCCUAUGCUCAGGGAGCAUAUCGAUGAUGCCAACAUCCCAGUCCGAUUUGGAGGAGGGCUUUCAUUCACCCAUGGACAGUUACCAGACCUUGAGAGCGAAAUUAAACAGUAUUUGGGGCUCAAUGAAUCGACGAAGUCUCUCCCUCCAGGUCCUAUCAAGUGGAUCGAGGAGUUGGAUGGCAGCAGAACUGCAUUGGCUGUGGGCAGCGAGGCCGGCUCGGAGAGAAGCGACAGGAUUGCAACCGUGGAUAGUGAUGGGCAAUGA